AUUUGAAUAUUUGCGCGGAACAUAUCGAUAACCCAAGCUUGUGGCAAACUUUCAGGCACGGACUUAAGCCAAAGCUUUGCGAUUUACUGUUAUUCGCACCCGGGAGCAGUGUUGGAAGCUGCCUAUCAAGGAACAGUGUUGUUGGCCCAGAAAGACCAGAAAUUCAGGUGCCCGUCGCACCCCCAGGUCCGCAUUCAGUAUCCUCUGCUUCUUCCCCGAGGGAACGCUGCUCCUGCAGCUAAUCGUUUGUGAUUUUGUUAUUGUGUGUUGAUAUUUAUUGUUGUUUUUGCAAAUAGUAGUGACCAAAAACUAGUACGAAUUGUUAGAAAAUUUUUUGAAAAUAAUUCCCAACCAAGGUGUACAAAUUGUUAGCUGUGAGAACUGCCAAAUGAACUGCCAAGUGUGGAAAUUCGUAGGAAAAUUCUAGGAAAAUAGAAAGUUAUUGAAAUGUCUGUGAACCGGAGGCGAUAAGCGAUCUAUGGAAGGCACUCCGCUCGCCAUGAUGUCCUUUGCCAGCCUGGCGCUCCUGCUGCUGGCGGUCCUGGUGAUGGGCAUCCUGUUCGCCUGCCACUGCCUCGGCCCGCGGGCCGCCAGCUGGAUGAGGAUGCGGUCCAGCAAGGAGGAGAAGAUCGGCCUCUCCAACCACAAGCACAAGCUCUUCCACGCCAACGGCUACAUGGCCAGUAUCCAGUCCGGAUCGGAGUUCCUGCUGAGCACCAGCGGCAGCUUCAAGCGCUUCGAUACCAUCGACAAGGACAACCACAAUCGCUCCCAGCAGCUGCUCCUGAUGAACGGUUGUCUGGUGGGAGGGGCCAGUGGGACGAGCACCUCCCUGGAGGUCACCACCCCGCUGUGGAAUCUGCCCCAGUCGGAUGUCAGCAUUCCGCCGCAGCCCCUCCGGCCCGCUCCGGCGCCGAACAGUGCCGGCCCAGCCACCAAAACCGUGACCUUCUCCUUCAGCCAAGCCCAGGAGCCAGCCGACCCGGAGCCCCGAUCCUCCUGCCUGCGCCAGAACGGAUCCCUUGCGAACGGAGUCCUGCCCCAGCCACUGGAGGCGCCUCCGCCGCCCCGACUCACCACCUCCGCUUCCGUGAAUCUGUCCGCAACCGCCAUUCCCCGGCCGAUUGCCAAGCGGCAAGUGUCCUCGGGGGGUCAGGCCUUGAACGGGAUGUCGCAGGAUCCGCUGCCGGAGGUGGAGCAGCAGCCGGAGAUCCUGCCGGAGAUGGAGCGACGCAUCCCAGCUCUCAAGCGGCGGAACUCCAGCACCAAUCCCUUCCUGUGCGAGUCCACGGAACAGAUGCCUCCCAGCCUUCCGGCGGCAGAUCCUCCAGUGGCCACAAUCUCUGCAUCUGCUGCCUCCUCGUCGGUAUCCACAGUCACCGCCUCCGUCUCCUUGCCCCCUCAGUCACCUCCUGUCCAGAGGGCUCCCUCGGAAUCAGCGAAUCACCACAAUGGCAACCCCUUCGUGGACACCAACAGUCUGUCCAGUCGCCUGCUGAAGCUCCAGAACACCACGAAUCCCUUUACGGGCCUCUCGCAGCGCGUCAAAGGACCUCAUCUGCUGCAGAAGACCAUCUCCGAGGACUACCUCUUCCGGAAGCUGGGCAUGAACGGAGGAUCGAUGGCCAAUGGCAGUGGAUCGGGACAUGUGAACGGCAAUGGCAACGGCACUUGGUCCUUUGGGCGGUCCUUGUUGCGUCAGGACUCGACUCUGAGCCUGGGAAUGGGUCUGGGCAGGCGGAACAGCUCGCAAGUCUCACUGGACUCCGGGUCGGGCUCGGUGGCCGGGUCCAUGGAGGGCAUCAACCUGGAGCGCGCCGUAUCCUGCGACUCGGUCACCUCGGAGUCCAAUCUGGUCCUGGAGCAGCUCGAUCAGCCGUACACUCAGAUUACUGGGUAUCUCUGCGUCGGAUUGCAUUAUGAAAAGAACUGCAUCAGCACGGAGGGCAUGGAGCUCACAGUCAGUGUCCUGGAGGCCAAAGGACUCAUCUGUCCGUUCAGCGUGGAGUCGUUGGAUACUUUUGUGAGGAUCUAUCUGGUACCGGAUCAUCCAGGAGCGAUGCAAACGAAGGUGGUUCGUGCCACAGGAACUCCCAGCUACAACGAAAGCUUCAACUUCUGGCUCCAGAAGCGUCAGGCUAGGCACUCCCUGUGGUUCCACCUCUACCACAACGGCCCCGCCCACACGCUCAUCGGGGAGGCGGAGAUGGAGAUCGGGGAGACGCCCAAACCGAUCACCACCUGGAUACCGCUGUCGGACUCCCGGAAGUGCAACGCCCGAUGGGGCGAGCUCAUGUUCUCGCUCAGCUACCUGCCGACGGCGGAGCGACUGACCAUCGUCGUGGUGAAGGCCCGGAACCUUAAGCUCGACCCGGAUCCGGAGGACAUGCCGGCCAAGAAGAGGGACCAGCUGAAGCAGCAGCAGCAGGAGGAUCCCGCGGACACCGUACAAAGUGUCUUUGUGAAGGUCUACCUGAUGGAUAACGAGCGGAAGGUCCUGAAGAAGCGCACCUCGCUGAAGCGCAAGGACCGCGGCCCGAUCUUCAACGAGUCGGUGAUCUUCAGUGUGCCGCCACCCAGCCUGACGACCGCCCGGCUCCGGCUAACGGUGUUCGGGGUGACCGCCGGGGGCGGACUGCUGCCGCUGGGGCACGUCGUCGCCGGCAGCUGUGCGGUGGGGAAGGGGCUGCGCCACUGGCACCAGAUGCUCUCCUCGCUCCGCAAACCGGUGGCCAUGUGGCAUGUCCUGCGGCGGGCGGUCAACCAGCCGGUGUUUGCGGGCGGGGCCGAGGCGGUGGUGGCCGCCAUGCAGAGCACUCUGCAGCGGACGAGCGUCAAGCGUAACAGCAUCGUUUGAACGGUGUCCUGGAGCGGCGUCCUCUGAUCCGGUGAUGCCCAAUUUCCAGCUGGAAAAUUGCCGAUUUUCCUCACUCGUCGUUUUCUACUGCUUUCCCUCUAAAAAUAAUGGAAAAAACAAGGAUAAUACCAGGAAUACAAGGAUUAAAAACCAGAAGUAUUAUGUAAUCUAAAAUUAAAGACCCGCACCAAAGGACAACGAGCCUGUUUACUAGUUAUAUAUCUACACUGUCGCGCACUAAUUGUUAUGUAAAGAUUUCUAUAUACCGACUAUAUACACAGACACUAUCUGCCCCCCAGAGACACUAUAAGGGAUACAGCACCAGACAUAAUUGUAAAGUGGAGGUGGUUCGAGAGAAGGUUCUUGGAGAGUUGGUUUUGUUAUUAGAGGGUUCUAUCUGGAAUUCAAUUUUAUGGAUGGGAAAAGUAUAUAUUUAAUCCAUAAUCUCUACAAAAAUCCUCUGAUAAUAUGAUAUAAUAUAAAGAUAAAUAAUCUUUCUCUUCGAAAAUAUUGAAAAUUUCAAAAAAACCAAUUGGAAAAGUCAAAACCCCAACAGACACAUGUAUUUUGUUUCAAUUUCAACACCCAACUGUUUCAAACUGCAACCACUUGACAUCUCGGAUUUCUCGAGCUGAGAAUUCCAGAAACUCAGCCCGCAGCCAGGUGACCACCUCCAGUCAGUAAUUACAAUUAUUUCGCGUGCUGUAUGCCAAGUCCUGUUUUGUAUUGAAACUCUAUGGAUGGAAUGUCGUUUGGCAAUCAAUCGUUGUUGAAUUUGAAAAAAAAAAAAAAAAAAAAAACCCAGUCAAAAGUCAGAAACCGAUAUCGAUAGCGUGAUUGAAGUUGAUCGUUAAUCGAUCAUAAUCGAUAGUAUUUGAAAAGUGGUGAGCCCAUUAAGAAAUGUGAUAUGAAUGAGAAGUGAAUACGAAAUUCAGAGUGCGUCUACCAAAGCGAACACAGAUCGAAUCGGAUUAAUGAAUCAAAUUGUUUAUAAAUAGUUACAAUCCAUAGCCAUAGAAUGUGUUAUUAUAUAAUGCAUUAUAUAUAUAUAUUAUAUAUUAUAUUAUAUACGUAUUAUAUAUCGUAUGUAUCAACAAUCGUUUGUACCUUUGUGAUUUGCGUUUGUUCGAUUUUUGUAGGGCCGCGUGUUUUGUAAUUAGAUUUAGUUGGUUCAAGGAUCAAGGAUAUUUUGUAUUAUAUAUAUGCCUAUAUAUACGGACAGGACAUGUAUCGAUUUGCCGUUUAGAGAGCGUUUUUUCAAACAGUAAAGGACAAUAACUUUGCAAGCAUUUAUUCAAAGUACAUAAUUCUACAAAAACAGAUAGAGAUAAUUAUCAAAAGAUGGCCCUAAGUUCUCCCUCAAUUGCCAGAUUGUCCGCUGGAUCCUUGAUAUGAAUACACUAUAUACUGUAUAAUCGAAUGCACAUUGUCCUUGGGCAUCCUUUUCUAGUCGCACCUGUAUUUUGACCAAAAAACCAAAACCAAAUCUUAAACCUGGCACUUCUAGCUGAAGCUUUAAUCUACGAAAUCCAUUUAAAACCAAAAAAAUCACUACAAUUUUUUUGUAAUACUCUUUUUCUAAACAAGGACCUCCAGAGCCAGGACAGUGCGUUUCACGACGGCAAUUCCUUUCCAUUUAAACACUUGACGAGUUCGUUGACAUAUCUCCUGAUUGAAAACCGGCUGACAAUCCGCCUCUAAUUGGCCUGAUGCCGAUGGAACGCACUGUACACAUGCUCUCUCAUUAUAGAGAACGCAUUUAAAAGGCAUCCUUGGAAAGUCCUUUCCCCAAAAAAAAAACAAAAAUUAAAAACCUUUACGAAUACUACAUAUAUAUUGAAAAAAAACACAAAAAACGCUGAAGAAUUUUGUCUUUUUUUUUAAACCAUACUGUUUGUUAGCUAAACUAAUGACUUAAAAAAAAAAACAAAAGAAGGAAAAUAGUUAAAAUUAAAAUCGUGUUGAAUUUGUAUUUAUACGGAAACAAAUAUAUGGAUGUAUGUACGUGCUAUAUAUACUAUAUAUGUAUGAGAUAAUGCUACAAAUUGUUAUAAAAGUAAACCACAAUUGAGUCAAAUAAUAAAUACGAAUAUUAAAGGAACAAGCCAGAAA